CAGAAGUCCAUUGUGCAUAGUCUGUCGGGUGUGUGUGAGAGAAAGAUAAAAACUGGAUAAUCUGCAGACUUUGAUUUAGCAUCAAUGGCUGCAGCACAUCUUUUCUUCCGGGUUUUGCUGUAUUAUGAGCUGUAGUAAACCAACACGCUUUGAUCGAUUCUCAGGAGGACCUGGGACAACCAUCACUGUACCCUCACCUGACAUCAGCAAUUGUACCAGAAUGGAGACUAGUUUUGGAUCUACAUUUCCAGCAGUUCCCCAAGUAGCUAAAGAAACUAAUUACAAACAGCACCGCAGGACUCCUUCAUCCUCUAGCACCCUGACAUACUCCCCUCGUGAUGACGAUGAUGGCAUGCCACCCAUCAGUACCCCUCGCCGCUCAGACUCUACCAUUUCGGUUCGUUCCCUGCAUUCUGAGUCCAACAUAUCGCUGCGCUCCACCUUUUCCCUGCACGAGGAAGAGGAAGACACAGAGCCGCAGGUGUUUGCGGAGCAGCCCUCCAUUAAGCUUUGUUGCCAGCUGUGCUGUAGUGUGUUUAAGGACCCCGUGAUCACCACCUGCGGACACACAUUCUGCAGGCGCUGUGCCUUGACCUCAGAGAAGUGCCCAGUGGAUAACUCCAAGCUCACAGUGGUAGUGAAUAACAUAGCGGUUGCUGAGCAGAUUGGUGAGCUCUUCAUCCACUGCAAGUACGGCUGUCGGCCAGCUGCCUCGGGCAAGCCUGGUGCCUUUGAGGUCGACCCACUUGGCUGUCCUUUCACUAUCAAGCUCAGCAGCAGGAAAGAUCAUGAAGUAAGCUGUGACUACAGACCUGUUCGCUGCCCGAACAACCCCAACUGCCCUCCAUUGCUCACCAUGAAUCUGGAGGCCCAUCUGAAAGAGUGCGAACACAUUAAGUGCCCUCAUUCCAAAUACGGUUGUACCUUCAUUGGGAAUCAGGACACAUAUGAGACGCAUCUGGAGGUGUGUAAGUUUGAGGGCCUGAAAGAGUUUCUGCAACAGACAGAUGACCGAUUCCACGAGAUGCAGGUGACACUGGCACAGAAGGACCAGGACAUCUCGUUCCUGCGCUCCAUGCUAGGAAAACUCUCUGAGAAACUGGACCAGCUGGAGAAGAAUUUGGAACUAAAGUUUGAUGUGCUGGAUGAGAAUCAGAGCAAGCUCAGUGAAGAUAUGAUGGAGUUCCGAAGAGAUGCUUCCAUGCUGAAUGAUGAACUGUCCCACAUUAAUGCCAGGCUCAAUAUGGGUAUACUGGGCUCCUACGACCCUCAACAGAUCUUCAAAUGCAAGGGUACCUUUGUGGGCCACCAGGGUCCUGUGUGGUGUCUGUGUGUGUAUUCCACUGGUGAUCUUCUCUUUAGUGGAUCGUCAGAUAAGACCAUUAAGGUUUGGGACACAUGCACCACAUACAAGUGUCAGAAGACCCUAGAGGGCCAUGAUGGCAUUGUAUUGGCACUGUGCAUUCAGGGGAACAAGCUAUACAGCGGCUCAGCUGACUGCACAAUUAUUGUUUGGGAUAUCCAGACUCUGCAGAAAGUGAACACAAUCCGGGCGCAUGACAACCCCGUGUGCACUCUGGUGUCCUCACACAACAUGCUCUUCAGCGGCUCUCUCAAAGCCAUUAAGGUGUGGGAUAUUGUUGGCACAGAGCUGAAGCUAAAGAAGGAAUUGACUGGCUUGAAUCACUGGGUUCGUGCUCUGGUUGCUUCUCAGAAUCACCUUUACAGCGGAUCCUAUCAAACCAUAAAGAUCUGGGACAUCCGUUCUCUGGAGUGUGUCCAUGUGCUCCAGACCUCAGGAGGCAGUGUGUACUCCAUUGCUGUCACCAACCAUCAUAUAGUUUGUGGCACCUAUGAAAACCUAAUUCAUGUUUGGGACAUUGAGUCUAAAGAGCAGGUGCGGACGCUGACAGGUCAUGUGGGCACAGUGUACGCCCUGGCUGUCAUCUCCACCCCAGAUCAGACCAAAGUGUUCAGUGCCUCUUAUGAUCGUUCUCUCAGGGUGUGGAGCAUGGACAACAUGAUCUGUACCCAGACUCUGCUGCGUCACCAGGGCAGCGUGACUGCGCUCGCCGUGUCCAGGGGAAGACUUUUCUCUGGGGCUGUAGACAGCACAGUGAAGGUGUGGACGUGCUAAACUCUUCAGAUAAUCAGCAUUAGUUGAUUGAGAUGCAUAUACUUAUGUAUAAAAAGAGUAUGAAUAAUAAUGUGAUUUUAUCAGUUUCAAGAGAAUUUUUGCAAAAUACAUUAGACCAGACAGGUUUUUCUACCCAACAAUCAUCUCAUCAUUUUGGAUGUGGGCAUCUACUCCAUGGGAAGUUUUACUACACCGCCAAGUGUAGACAAGAAUGAUGUGUGCGUGCUGGAUACAGCUUCAAGGUGCCGUUUGAUUUCCAUACCAUUACUGUGGAACUUUAUACUGGACACCUCUUGUGAGCAUGGAGAACCAUACCAUUGGAAAACACUCUGCAUAUGUCAUAAAUAUGGCAACAAUGUAUUUUAUGUAUGUAAAUAAGAUCAUUUCCUAUUAACUUGGAGAGUAAUUUCAAGUAUUAUUAUUAUUUUAUUUUGAUCUGGAUAGACUGUAAGACUUAAAAUCCACAAAUGAAACCCAUGCAGUCCAAGAUCAUGUUUCUGCAGACCUCUGCAAUGUUUUUGCAUUGCUGCUCUCAGCGGUGACUUUUGAACUCUGACCUUUGUGGGUUACAGUCUCACGACUGAGUGAGUGCCUAAGUUUCAGUAUGAUGCCAAUGGGGAUGCAAGGAUACUUUUCUACAGAGCUAUCACACUGCUUGUGCAGGAAGCGUCGUCCCAGGGCUGAAUGGAGACCUACACUAAACCAACUUGGGCCUACAACAGCAGUGCAUUAUUUUGAAGAACACGGUGCCCAUGGUUUUAGUUAAGAUUUGACUGUGCCAACUGAGCAACUGCUCAGCUAUUUUAUAACUGCCUGUUGAUCUAUGUGAAACCUUUGUAUGAUGGUGUAAUUACUUGCUCAUUCAUCAUGCUUUUGUGCUAGGCUACAUGGAGGAAUAAUUGAGGUGAGUGCAGUGGCUUUGAAAGGGAAUAAUGUGUUGUAUGUUCAGUGUUGUGUUACAUGGUUGGGUCCUCUCUCAAGCUCAAUGGGACCAACUCAAAAGUUUCAUAAAGGCUACAUAUACAGCUGCUACUUUGGAUAUCAUGGAUGCCUUUAGGUGUCGUGGGGCUACCAGAUUCAGCUUUCAGCCAGAGUUGUUCCUUCUCUUUGUACAUUUUGAGUCAGCAUUAAGACUUGUGCCUGAGAGAGGACAUGAGAUUGAGAUGUUCAGUGCAAAUAUGAAAACAGUUGCUUGUAUAAACCACAUAAACCGGAGUUUACUAUUAAAGCAGUAUCAAUUUGUAUUACUUGUAUUAGGUGAAUUGCAUCUACUUUUAUACUCAAUUGCUGUCUUACUGGGAUAGUUCAGUCCAAAAUAAAAAUCAUCAUUAACUCACCAUUUUGUUUUUAAAUCCAUAUUACACUCAGAAUGUUAGCCUCAGUCACCAUCAACUUUCAUUACAACUUUUUCAUGCAAAAAAAAGUGAAUGGUGAAUGAGGCUAAUAUUCUGCCUAACAUCACCUUUUGUGUUUCACGUCAAGAAAGGCAUGUGUCUUUGGGAAAAAAGAGGGUGAGUAAAUGACAAUUUUCCAUUUUGGGUGAACUAUCCCUGAAGUCUUUUUUAAUGUGGCAUCGACUCCCUCUAGUGUUCUUACAUUUUCGAGUUCUCAGUGAAAGAAAAAUUUGCGAGCAACUCUUUGGUACCAGUAGUAAUCAGAUGCAUUGCAUUGUGUUGAGCUAUUUCCAACUUGGGCUGAUGGUCUUCAGUAAUUGGACUGCUACAAGAGUGUUAAUAUAUAAUGUUUAUUUAGAGCAGGUGGCUGUUGAUGCAGUCACUGCAAGCACACCACUGUUCCCAAUGCCAGUCACAGCAGGUAUCAUACAAGUCAGUGGUAGAACAUCAACACAAUAUACAGCCUGCACACACUGAGCAGUGCAGUUUUUUUUAAAAAUAUAUAUAUAUAUCUCUGCGAAUAGGAUGGAAAACGUCUUUCAUUAUUAAAUAACAUCUUGCACCAACAAUAAGUUUGACUUCAGUGUGUUCAGAAUUUCAUAAUUUUGUAUCCUGUUUUUCUUCUUUAGGUAUUAAAAAAGGAGCAAUAGGCAUGAUAAAGCAUUCAUAAAAGCUAUUCCCACGCCAGACAUCUGUGCUGUGUCCACAGAGCAGACCACAACAAAAACUAAAAUAUUCAUGAACAUCUGGUGGACAAAACUGAGAGAACAUAUAUCAUCUACACAUCAUUUAAACAUGAAAGACUUCACGACAAAAUGAAACCAACUCAAGCAAGGCACAUACAUGUUUUAAAAAAACGUAACAUUGUUAUACAACUUAUUUCAUCUUAAGACAUGGCAGUCCAAAAACGUAUCACAAAAAGCUAUCUUAAAAAAGAAAACGAGUUCUAAAAAAAAUGACCAUUUACAAUUCAAAACACUUAGAGCCAAGAAGACACUUUAAACUCUAUCUCAAAUAUUUGCGGUUUCAUCAACAAGCCCUCUUGAUGCUGCAUCAUUAAAUACUUGUUGAAAACAACUAUACUAUUAUCGGUUCAUAACUUAAAUAUUACAAAUAUUUUUUAUGAGAUCAGGAGAAGGGACUAAGCAUUUAUGGAUUACUACUGCAAGUGUGUAGAGCAUUGUGGGAUGUACACUUUACCUUUGGGGUCUUUUUCUAUUCUAAUUUUGCAACCUUUUCAGGACCAUCAUCAUUUGGCUACUGUGACAAUUCUAAUAAUGAGCAGGUAGAUUGUCAUGGCAACAUUGCAGAUGGUUAGAGUAAAGAAAGGACUGCGAGUUUGCUGGCAAUGAGAUGAUGACAUUCAGAGGCUUUCAAGAGAUUUACUUUGACCAGUGCCUUCAUAACAGCAAACUGCCCUGCCAGUUACAGAAAAUGGGAUUACAUGUCCACAGAGACCAAACUUGAAUGUAUUCUGACUGUAAAUGCAUCCUUCAUCCUACCCUCGAUAUGCUCAUCUAAAGCCAUUUAAUGUGAUUCUCUGAAUUUAUUUAACCCAGAUACUGUAAUGGUUUUUAGAAUGUAUAGUUUAAAUAAUGCAUAACCUGCCUAAGUUUAAUUGCAUCUCAGUCUAAGACUAGAUUUCUAGCUUUGGUCAUAAAGGAAAAGUCUGUCUGGACAAUAUUGGAGGAUGCAGCACUUAGCAGGCACACCAUGGUACAUUCUCACCCUUAAACAGCCACUGAGCAAUGUGCUGACAUUAGACUGCAUUCAGGUUUUCAAUGGAUACAUAUCCAUUUGCAGAUGGAAAUUGUUCAUCCAACCUUCAAACACAUCUGCACUGCAAACUUCCACAAAAUACUUUUUGUAAAAAAAAAUUCCUAUUUUUAAAUUCCUAUCCAUGCACUCACAUUUACAACUUCCUCAUUUUGUGCUUCCUCUAACGUUCAACCUUCUCAGCCCUCAAUCAUUAGACCCCCUCAACUGAAGAAGGCUCCCAUUGUGCUAACCUGUGCCUCUGAGGUCACUCAUGAAGUAAAAGCCAACACAAUGGCUGUGUCCAAAACUAAAAGCAGCUGCCUUAGUGCUUUGCUGCCAAGUCAGUCAAUGACUUCACUGUAGCAUUUUGUGUAUGAAGGCACCUCAUGAGGUCAAUGGUUUCAGACCGAAUUCCAAGGCACCAUAUAUCAUGUCUAAUUACCUAAAUCAAAUUCAAGUGAACUUUAGAAAUAACCAAGCAAAUAUUUUGUUAGUACAAUGCUUAUUUCUAAUAAGAAACUAAGAUGGACAUUAUUUUUUUAAAAUUGACUUAAUUCAACCGCUCCUUUAGAUGCCAUUUUUAUCCUUUGUCUGAAAUACACACACAAGGUUGUGCAAUAUCACAUGCAGAUGGGGACACAUCUAUUCUGCCUUCAAAAACCGGGUUACUAAACAAGCCUCUUAGUAGACAGGAUGUUAACUACGCAAACAUUGGAUAUGGAUUUGUCUUGUUGCCUUCCUACCUCCAAGUACUGCCAGCAAAGCAAGCAUUUUUAAACUUUCGGACACAGCCUGUGUAUCACCUUGCAAAUGGUUGAGGUAUGGAGGUGUUGAAGGAUGAGGUCAUUACUCCUUGCCCAAUCAGAGCACACCUCACUGGCUUAAAGCAAUGCCUAACACAUGGACACGGGGCCUGUCUUGCCUUGAUUGUGUGUUUGCUUGUGUGUUAGCAGCACUGAAGUCACCUCUCAUGUAAGGCACACAGGACUGCGCAAGUCAAGGGCAGGAAUAGAGAGAGAGGGAAGGGGAAAGCUGUGUAGGAAUGUAUGAGUUCACACAGGCAGAGAGAGUAUGGAAAAGUAAAGGCUCACACAGCAGUACAGAGCAGGGGGGUCAAACAGCCACUUAAGUCACUACAUUCAACACAGCCCACAACACUCAUCUGCAGAGCACAGUCAAACAUACAGAUGUUUAAGCCAUCUGUAUGUAUUUUACUCCAUUAUUAUCAUAGAAAAAUUCACAUAUCUGUCAUCAGUUUAUAUUUUUCUUAAUGUCUCAACACUGUAC